AGGGGCGGGUCUUAACGAGAACACGACUCGCCUUGUUGUGUGUAUUCCAGUGCUCGCAUCGCCAUCUUGUUGCAAUCCUAUUUUUUACGUAUGCGAGGAUCUACUUUCCGUUCGGCCGGAUUAGAAAUUGUCCUUCUGCUUUCAGGAGAAACACAGGGGACGACAAGCUCGGGCCUGCGGGUGUGAACCGUGCACACGGCGCUUCCUAGCGGGACACUACCAACCCCUCGGUCUUUUUCCUCUUUCCGUCCCGGGCCACCGGGUUGCCUGUCGUGAGGGUUUACGCGCAAUGAGCAUCGAUACACUUUUGGAGGCGGCCAGAUACCUGGAAUGGCAAGCCCAGCAACAACAGAUCACACGUGAGGAAGAGCAGUGCAAAGAGAAGGAGUUCAUCAACAGGGAGGCGGAGUCAAGGCGCGUGGAACUUGUGACCUCGCCACCUCAGCCAGUCAGAGCCAACCACAUCACUUGGGGCGAUGACACUCACCAUCAACAGCCGCAUCACCCUCCUGCCCCUCCGCCCCCCUCUCUUCCACCUCCUCAAGUCCCCAUCGCUGUCAUCCCAAUGGUUCCAGUUGUCACUGCAACACCCUCUGUCCCGCCCCUUCCACUUCCAACACCGAUUGCUGCGGCCGCGACGUCGCUCAACAGCUCCCCGCCAGCCAAGAACGCUUCCUCCCCUCCACAACAACAGCAGCAGCAGCAGCCGGCCUCUCGUCACCUGUUGUGCGCCCCCCAGAUGAAAGUAGAGACUAGUCAGCAGCUGAUUGGUGCAAAGCCCAGCCAAUCACAGCCUCAGGUUCAGAUUCAGUACCCAACCUCCAUCAGCACUAAUGGUUCUGGCUCUCAACAUGCACUGGUUCCCCACCAAGCUCCACCCACAUCUCAGCCGCGGCCAAAUGGAGUGACGAUGGAGGACAUGAGGGGGAUGGAGGGGAAGAGGAGACCAGGAGGAGCGGGGACCAGAGAGGUGCACAAUAAACUGGAGAAGAACAGGCGAGCACACCUCAAAGAGUGUUUUGAGACACUGAAGAAGAACGUUCCAAAUGUUGAUGAGAAGAAAACCUCCAACCUCAGCGUUCUCCGCAGUGCUUUGCGUUACAUACAGACUCUGAAGCGAAAGGAGAAGGAGUAUGAGCACGAGAUGGAGCGUUUGGCCAGAGAGAAGAUCGCCACACAGCAGCGGCUGGCCGAGCUGAAGAACGAGCUCAGUCAGUGCAUGGACGUCAUGGAGAUUGACAGAGUCCUCCGGCAGACCAUCCAGCCAGAGGAUGACCAGGCCUCCACAUCCACUGCCUCAGAAGGAGAAGACAACUUUGAACAGGACAUGGACGAGGAUGUCCCCGCUCCUCCUGCUCCCACAUCCCUCCCCAAACCAACACCUCCAAUCUUACAAGCCCAGCCAAUCCUCACCCCUCACCUGUCUAUCCAGCACACCACCCUGCCUCUCUCUGGAGUCCUGACCACGCCCUCCCCCUCUGGUCCCCCUCCUCCUCAAGCCAUUGCCCCCGCUCCGGCCCCAGGUCCGCCCCCUCCACCGGCAGCGCAUCCCAUUCAGCCCCAAGCUGUGCAGGUCCAGCCCACCGUCAUCGCUCACGCCGCCGUAUCCCACCCGUCAGUCAUCCAAGCUGUCAAUCAUGCCCUGCCAGCCAAUCACAAACACCUAACACACAUUGCCCCAUCGCCUGGCCCCACUUCAUCUACCCCUCAGCCAAUCACAGCGGCUCCAGCUGGCACCGCCACUCACCAGCCGUUAGCUGCCCAGCCCAUCGGACACAUCACCGUCCACCCAGUGGCUCACCUGGGAGCUCCCUUGCCAUCCCACCUCCCGACUCUUUACCCCCAGGGUGUGUCUGUCUCGCAGCCCACCAUGGUGGGCCACAUCACUCACACCUUCACCCAUCACACCCUGCCGCACGUCCAGGCUAACCCUCAAGCUAACACUAAUGGAGCCCAGGUGAACAGCGCAGCUGUGGUGAACCAGGGGAGCCCAUCGCUAGGGAAACCCACAGCAGUGUUGGCCCCCCAUCCCCAGCUGGUUGGACAGGCUGCCGUCCUCAACCCUGUCACCAUGGUUACAGUCCCAACCUUUCCUGUCAGCACACUCAAACUGGCCUGAAAGAGUAAAAGAAAAAAGAUGGGACAAACUGAAGGAGCGAAAGAUUCAGAACUUCUGGAUGAGUUUUCACACUCCUAUCAAUAAUCAAUAGCAGAGAAUCUCUGACAGACACGUGAAAAUUUACAAAAAAAACAUCAACUGUUUUAUGGACAACGUGUGACAAAUAUCUGCGGAGAUAUUUUGGUCACAGCUCUGUUAGUUUGUGAACAAGAACAUUUAAACAGAGUCAGUGGGUCCGGCCGUUGUUUGUGAAAAUAAGACUGUGACAUUCGUCUCCGCUGCAAAGACAGGAACUCUGUUUUACUUUCCUUCCUUGCCUUCUUCUCUCCUUCCUUCCCUUCUCUCCUUCCUUUACAACCAGAAGCACUAACAUAAUAAGCUCAGUUCACACUCAGGCAUCAAGGAUUUACCUUAACUAUUCAUUCACCCACUGAGGGAAAACGCAUGAGAGAGAGAGAGAGUCGUUUGUCGUUAGGCUGUUGUCAUGGUGAUACAGUAUGUGCCCGUUUUGUAUUCACGUUCGCAAUGUCAUGUGGGACAUUGUGGAAUAAUGUCACUGAUGUGUUUGAGAGCAGGAGGAAGCAGCUCAGCGGUCUCACUAAUGCUAAUAAACUACACACAGGGUUUUGAUAAGUGUGAAGCAGACCACUUUACAUAGUCGGCUAAAGAGAGCUAAAGCAUUGACAUUUAAUGACGUAGUUCCUGAUUUUUUUGUUUUCAUGAACACUGUGUGUCCACUACAGAAGUUCCUCAUUUAAAUUGCUUCAGUUUUUUUGUUUUUUGUUUUUCCCCCCUAUCCCUGUGCUAUCAGUAUAAAACUUGCUUCGGGAGGUGACAGUGGUCUUCUACAUCUUCCUCUGCAUGAAGGUUCCUCAACUUUUUACUUGGCACCAAACAAGCCUCACAAAUAAUUUAAGAAUUGAAAAUGCAAAAAGGGGAAAAAAGACAACCUCAUCGUCUUUGUAUGUGAUUUUAUAAGUUAUUUAUCCGCUGCCACUUGGCUUUCUUUUUGGAGGGUGACUCCCAAAACUGUGGAGUGUCUCCAAUGGAGCAACUCCAGAAAUGAGGGGCAGGGUUAGAGGGGAAAUAUUAGGGCAAGGAUUGCUUGUUUUUUUGUUUGUUUUUUUUAGCAUAUAGUAGCAUCUGUUAUUGCUCACCUUGUGGAGAAGUCAUAUCAAGAUACAACGUGACAUUUGCCUGUUGCACAGGCAUUUCAUUGUAGGAAACCACCAAGUUAAAGUGGAAAACCAAGGGAUUUCCAGUAUUUUCAGUUCAUGCAGCCAGUUAAAUGUAUAAGGAUUGUGCACUCCAGUUUUGAUGUGAUUACCUCUCCUACAGUGAAACGCUUGGUCAGAAACAAAUGUCAGGUUAUAUUCUAAAGGAUUUUGAAAUAUAUAGUGGUAAUGUUAAAGGCUCUUGCACAUAUCUGUUGCGGUCAGAUUGAUUUGAUUUGUCAUUCCAAAACUCCCAGCAGUGUUAGCGUGUUCUCUACAUUAGCUUGAAAAGAUUGUUCAUCAGCCAAGAUGUUUUCAAACCAACCGGUGACUGCUCUCAAAACAUUCAGUGACAGGUUUCCUCAUGUCACUAUCAUGGGUGAUGUUCCUUUAACACACUGUAGGGCGAUACAGGGUUUCAUCUUCCUCACGCUGAUGCAACAGCUCCCUCUGCUGCCUCAUCCCGGACUUGAUACUCGUGUUACUCACACACAGCUCUUGGGGCACAACACAAACUUCCUGCACAGGCUUUUCCAAAUCUGGAAAAAAAAAAACAAUCAGAGGCUCGUUGAGUGUAAAAGUUGAAAACAGUCGUCUGACGGAAAGAAAAAAAUCUUUAGUCACAUGAUAAACUCUAACUGCAGAGAAGACUCACCCUGAAAAACUACUAAGAUAACCAUGAGUUUCUUUUUUGUUCUUUUUUAAACUAGGGGAAAUAUAUUUUUCUCACUUAAAGGUAUUUUAAAGUUUGGAUGUAGCACAAAAAUGUUUAAAAAAAAAAAAAAGACUGGAAAAUAUUGUUCAAGAAUAAAUUGGCAGCAAUGUGACCUUUUCAACAGUGACGUUUUCCAACAAUAUCGAACAGCAAGAUGAAUCCUUUGCUCUCGUCCAGCAAAUCAGUUUCAAAAAUGUUUUAAUUUCAAAAUGGAAAAUGUGUUGUGUCGCCUGCUUUCCUUUUGUGUGUGUCUUUUGUGUGUCUGUGUUCAUGUGCAUACUCAAACAGUUCAUGGCCUCACAGCCUUCUUGCCAGCCUAUACAUGUCACCAUGAAAUCUCUCAUCAGUACAUGUGUAUGUAGUCAGUGUUGCGUGGAUCUGCUCCUUGCCUCUUCUGCUGUUUCUGUAUGUUAUGUCUGUAUAUGUGACUGUAUCCAAUAUGUUUUAUAUUCUGUACUAUAGUUAAUCCUACUGUACCUGUAGCAUGGCUCUGUUUUUUGGUUAUAUUGCCCUGUGCAUGAUGGAGUGUGUGUGUGUGUGUGUGUGUGUGUGUGUGUGUGUGUGUGUGUGUGUGUGUGUGUGUGUGUGCGUGCGUGUGUGCGUGCGUGCGUGCAUGCGUAGCAAGCAAGCUAUUUUUUUACACAGAGGUGAUUUAUGGUAUGAGCCUGUUUGGGUGCUAUCGUGUGUGCCUAUACUCAGUUUUCCUGAACACUGUGACAACUCUGGCAAAACACGUACACACUGAGCGAAUGGAAGAGACAAAGAUUUACUGUCAUCUUUUUUUUUCUUUCUUUCUUUCUUCUUUUUUUUUAUGUUUUUAAGUUUUCCAUUUUGUGAGUCGGACUGAGACAUUGAGUGGAAAAAGUAAAAAACAAAAAAAGUUGUUGCUCUUUUCUUCAUAACAUAAUAAUGUCUAAUAUUCAAAUUUGAGUUUUGUAAUAUUUGUAUGUAUGUAUGAAAGUUUUGUAAAUUUGUGAUUGUAUGCACGUUUUGGCAUAUGAGUGUACGUAUCUUACAAUUUUAAAUGCUUGUUUCCUUUCGGUUUUGUUUUGCAUGUAGAUUGCCGUUUAGUUUCUUUUUGUUUAAAGGUUUUGUUUUUAUGUUUAUUUCUGGGACCAUGUACAAUACUGUAUAACGUGGGCAGGAUCUUGGACCUCAUGCUACAUUGAUAUUAUAUAUGAAUAUAAAAACAUGUUUUCCCUAUGGAGAAAGUUUUAAGUUAUAUAUCGCCUGUACACUUUGGGCUGCCUUUUAGAUCUAACUGUCCACUGUUUAAGAUAACAAUGAUGAUAAUGGAUAAAACAUAUUAAUGAUGAAGAAUUAUGCUGAUGAAAUAAUAAAUAUUCUUAAUAAAUCUUAUUACAUUUACAACA